GUUCGUAUCAGACCAAUCACAACUCAAGAUAAUUUACCGACACGAUUUCAACGUCAAGUUCUUACAACUUCUGCGCCAAAUCAAGUUGUUGUUCAAGCUGAUAAGAAACAAGUAUUUAGUUACGAUUAUGUAUUUGGUCCGGAAUCAACACAACAAGAUGUAUAUGAUAAGGCAAUAGUAAAAUUAGUAGAUAAUUUUUUAGAGGGUUAUAAUGUAACAAUUUUAGCUUACGGUCAAACUUCUUCGGGUAAAACUCAUACAAUGGGUACGGCUGAUAGUCAUUCAAUUCCACCAGAAUCAAAGGGUAUAAUCCCUCGCGCAAUGCAGACUUUAUUUUCUUCAAUGAAUUCUGCUCAUUAUAAAUCGCGGAAAUUUUCUUUAAAGGUUUCUUUUAUUGAAAUAUAUAAUGAGGAUUUAAUUGAUCUUCUUGGUGAAAGUUUUGGUGAUAGUAGACCUCAAGUUACAAUUCGUGAAGAUACAAAAGGAAAUAUUAUAUGGAAUGGGUUACAAGAAAUGAGAGUAAAUAGUGUAGAUGAAGUUAUGGGAUUUUUAGCACGCGGUUCUGCAAAUCGUCAGGUCGGUGCAACUGAUAUGAAUGCACAAUCUUCGCGAUCACAUGCUAUAUUUUCUGUUACAAUGAUUCAACAAAAAUAUGUCGGCACAUCCGCAACUCAAGCACCUGCUCGACCUGGUACUCCAUCAAAAAUGCUUGAACCAAAAUUCGGACUUCGACCACAAUCAAGUAUGAAUAAUUUACGACAGAGUAGAAGAUUUGAUGAAGGGGAACUCGUUACAGUGACGAGUAAAUUUCAUUUUGUAGAUUUGGCUGGAAGUGAGAGACUAAAAAGAUCUGCUGCGGUAGGCGAUCGUGCUAAAGAAGGAAUAUCGAUUAAUUCUGGUUUACUUGCAUUAGGAAAUGUAAUAUCAGCUUUAGGUGAUCCAAACAAAGCAAAACAUACAACGCAUAUUCCAUAUCGAGAUUCUAAACUUACUAGGUUACUACAAGAUUCAUUAGGUGGAAAUGCUCAAACAUUAAUGAUAGCUUGUGCUUCACCUGCUGAAUAUAAUUUAAAUGAAACUGUUAAUACUCUUAAAUAUGCAAAUCGAGCGCGUAAUAUAAAAAAUAUUGCUACAGUUAAUCAAGAAGAAGCUGGAUGGCAUGAUAUAGAACAUUUACAAAAUAUGGUCUUAAAAUUAAGAUCAGAAAUCAAAUCUUUAAAAUCU